GCUUACACCUACGCCACUAACCGGGACCCGCUCCACGUCACCUUUGAAGAGUUGACCCCCGUCAAGGAUGACGAGGCCAUCAUCAAGGUCGACCACGCCGCGCUCAACCCCGUCGAUGUCAUCUUGUACAACCUGGCGUACUGGGUCACGUCGUUUUUGAACCUGAAGCAGGGCGUGGGUCGCGACUACGCGGGUACUGUGGAAGCCAUUGGCGCCUCAGCUGCCUCUACUAGCGGACUCAAAGUCGGCGAUAAGGUGUAUGGCAUGUACAACCACCCCUUUGGCAACGGUACCGUGUCUGAAUACAUCACCAUCAAGCCCAAUGGCUUCGAUUCUGCGGUGGCGAAAGUGCCCCUGGGAAUGUCAAUGGAACAAGCGGCCGGGGUACCCUUGGUGUUUGGCACUGCCUACUGUAUGAUGGACGGCCACAACUUACUGGGGGCGAAAGUGCUUGUGCUUGGUGGUGCUACCUCGGUGGGGAGAUACAUCAUCCAGCUUGCUCGUGAACGCGGUGCCGCUGAAAUCAUCACAACCAACGGCCCUCGUUCCAAUGCCCUCGUGCAUCAAUUGGGUUCGACUAAGCAAAUCGACUACCACGGCCACAAAUCAUUGUUGAAUCCCGUGCUUGAGGAAGCUAAGCUUGGCAAAUUCAACUACAUCUAUGACUGUACUGGUAACGAUGACCUUUUUGCCAACUUGAGUGCGAUUGUUGACCCUGCUCGCAACGACUACGUCACCAUUGUCGGCGACCGCCACUACACCUACGUCCUGGACCACGCAUUGUCGUUGCUGUGGUCUAUGACUAAAUCCAUCACUCGUACCAUCUUACUGAAGCUUGGUUUCAACGGCUUCAACUACCACUUUGCCGCCGUAAUCUCCAACCGCGCCUGGAUGGAGUUGGCGUCGACGCUUUUUAGCGAGGGGAAACUCAAAGUAUUUGUCGACUCUGUGUUCCCCAUCAACGAAACUCCCUUAGCAAUGAAGAAGCUUGCUGCCGGUGAGGCUCUGGGCAAGGUGGUAAUCAAGGUUGCUGAAAAUUAA